AUGACUUCUGAAGAGAGAUUCGUGACAUCAUUGACAGUGCAGGUAGAUGAUUACAGAUCUAAGCAUGAAGUCAUCUAUGAAGCUGAAGACAUCGUAGGUAGUUCAUCUAAGAACGGCAACUUCGAUAGAUCGAAUCGAAGUCAAAGUCUGCGUCUUCCCGUCAACAACUCAAAAAAUAAAGGAAUUUUUCAUUCAACAAGUUUUGUAAGAAGAUGCCUACGUAAGGAUUCUGAAGCAAAAUUACAAUGUCGUCCACUUCAUUCAGCUGAUUGGAUCGUAUAUGAGAGCAGAAUUCUACCCGAACCACAAGUUCACCAAAUCGUUUGUUCAGAGGCCAAGAUUGAACUUACGCCAGACCAGCAAGAACUUACUGUAGAUAUUUCGGUGUAA